ACCUUCGAAAUUCCAGGAACACGAUCGUCUGCUUCUUCUUCCUGCAGCCAUCCAACUUUGAAAACAACGCUUUCUUAAAUCGAUUUUCCCCCAAAAAUAAGGCAAAUAUAGAGCAAAAGAUGGGACGACACCGUGCAAGGAAGCCUCUUUUCACGAUCGGCGACUUCGUGUUCGCCAAGGUGCGUGGCUAUCGAGCCUGGCCGGCCCGCAUUCUGGACCGCGCCGGUUUGACGGCGUACAACGUGUACUUCUACGGCACCUGCAACCACGCAAAGGUGCCGCGCAGCCAGAUCGUUGACUUCCAGAGGAACCAGCGUCGCCUGGGCGUAUUCCGAUCCAAGGGUUACGCUUGCCAUCCCGAUUUCCGGGGCGCCAUGCUCCACGCCCGCCAGGCAUUCGCCAAUCCGGAGAUGGACUACGGCUACUACCAGCAGAUGGCCGUAAACGAGGGCCACUGCGUCAACGCCGAGGAUCUGAAAAUGGAGUACGCAGUGGUGGAUGUUCCCGACAGCCAGCAGAAACUGGAGGAGAAGCAGGAGAAUCAGGGGGAGCAGGAUGCUAGGGAGGAGGGGUGGAUGAAUCUGUUGAUGGAGGACGACUCAUCGAACGAAACCCCUAAAGAUCCGCUGGUCGAAUGCGGUUCACACGAGCUGGACUCUAUGAACCAACCGAAGAAGCAGGUCUCAGUGGAGCUGGACUCAAAGGAUCCACUGGAGGAGCAGGAUGUCGAACAGUACUACCUAAUGGCCCAGUUUACUCCUUUAAAAUCGGAUAAGAUAUACCCCAUGGAUAAGCAGAAAGAUCGUGAUGCGGAGGUAACAACUGCAAAGGAUCUGGGACUGGUUUUUGAAGGAUUGGAAUCGAAAGAUCGGUCGGGGAAGCAGGUUGGAGAGGGAAACGAAGAUCAGUUGGUGGAGCCAGAACCCGUUAAACAGAACUCAAUGCCUCAGCUGGAUGGAUUAGACUCGGAUGAAAUAGACUUUAAGGAGCAGGAAAAGGUUUCCAAAGCUCUACUCGACAAAGAUGUGCAGGAACUAAUGGACAUGUUAGAGGAUUACGACGAGCACGCUCGUAUAGAAGAGGAUUACGAAUCAGAGAUGCAAAAACUGGAGGGAAUGUACUUCAUGGAUCAGCCAUUAAACCUAACCUGUCGUCGUCGUUGUUAAAUGACUCAUGGAGCAGCCUCCGCCAAAUGUGAAAAGGUGAUUUUUGUUUGGUACAUGAAAUAUUAUAAACGCACUGUUUUUUUUGUCUGCUUAGACUAGAUAACACUUCAAAUGUUCUUGGAAUUUAUUAAUGUUCAUAUUAUGUCUGUCUUGCACUAAGUACUCAGUAUAUUGAGUAAAACCAACCAAAACGUAAUAACUUGUUAAAAAAAAGUUCUAUUGAUAUGCAACAAUGAUUAACAACAGUAAGAGAUUUAGUUUUCGAAAGCGUUAACAAAUUGAGCAUAUUAAACUGUAUCUAAAUAAUAUUCCAUAUAAAUGCUCCAUUAAGGUCCAUUAAGAGGACAAUAUUGUUUAGUAAACAUAGUAUGUUUAAAAAAGAUAAAAUUCAUAAGGAGAGCUAUAACAGCAAACUUUUAUGAAACUACAUUUUCGUUUUUUGUUAAAUCAGAAUUAAACUUCUUCAUAAAUAUAAACUUAUUAAUUUGAAAGGUUUGAAAUGGAAUUAGUAAAACUGAGUAAUCGAAAUUAAAACACUCGCUUUUUAUGA